AUGGUUGGGCCCGGUAGCGGCAUUGCACCCUUCCGAGCUUUUGUGCAAGAACGCGCUGGUCUCGCCGCCGAAGGCUUCACCAUUGGGCCGGUGCUACUCUUCUUCGGUUGCCGGGAGCACAAAUUUUUUAACAUCGACUGCGCGUUUUCGAGAGAUGGCGAACAGAAAGUUUAUGUGCAGGAUCAAUUUCGAGAGAGGGGCAGGGAGGCGAGGAGAUUGGUUGUGGAACAGGGCGCGGCGUUCUACAUUUGUGGUAGUACGAAGAUGGCUAAAGAUGUUAAGGAAGUGCUUAUUGGGAGUCUAACGGAUUCUACGUGGGACAAAGAGAGGGCGGUUCGGUAUGUAAAUCAGAUGAAGAAAGAGCAUCUUUUCCAGGAGGAUACAUAG